CUGAAAAGUUUCCUAUUAAUUUCUCUAACAGUUUUUCACACUUUAGGGUCUCUCUUUAGAUAUACAAAGUACUCUGUACUUUUUUUGGCUUUCAUAAACUUGUCAGCUUUAUCUUGGUUGGAGUGCCAUAGGGAAGUUUAAUGGUCAUACCUUUUCAGUUAUUUUCUUGGAAGGUUAACUUCAGUUGUUAUCUAGAAGCACUUGCAUUAUUUAUUUAUUUCAUAAUAAGAAGUAAGGACAAAUCAAUAGGGGUAAAAAAUGGCAGUUUGUACAAGGACCACUUCAUGGGGGAUUAGUGGAUUACUGCAUUAUUGUUAUAUUUCCUUACGUGCUAGUUUUGGACACUGUAUCACUGAAUAUGUGGUUAUGGGUUAUUCCUUAUCCUGAUAGGUGUUAUAGCCUUUCUGAAGUGUAUUAGUUGAAUGAAAAAUAUUCGAUGCAUUCGGAGUACCAAUAAUGUUAUUUUUGCCGGUCUGGCACACACCCAACAUGAGUGGAGCGUGACAAGCAUAAGGUAGAAUCAGGGUGCAACCUUAUUUCCUAAUUUCCUGUCAAGGCUAGAAGUGUAGAAUACUGGUUGUUACUUGUUUUCAGUAGUCAAUACUAUACGACACAUGAAACAGACAUUAUACUGAUUUUUAAUUUGUUUUUAUUAGCGUGCAGAACUAGGGUUCUUCACGUAAUCUAAUAUCUAGAAUACCUGUGUGCGUGUUAUAAUUCACAGAUAAGUGGCACUAAGUGGCUUCAGUUAUCUACUAGGCAAAAAUAUGGGAACAAUGAGCUCUGAGAAAAACAUUACCAAUGUCUUCCAACCGGUCUAUGAUCGCGUAAAAGAGCUGAAGGCUUUUGAUGAUACAAAGAUUGGGGUAAAAGGGUUAGUAGACUCGGGUGCAAAAGACCUUCCGAAGAUAUUCAUUCGACCCCCUGAUGAGCUAUCAGAAGACCUGAAGUUUCCUUCUGUACACCGCCAAAUCCCUGUGAUAAGUUUUGAAGGCAUUGGUACGAAAGAGCACUAUGAUGCUAUUGUCAAAGAAGUCUUGUAUGCAGCAGAAAACUGGGGAUUCUUCCAAGUGGUGAAUCAUGGAAUCCCAUUGGAAGUGUUGGAUAAGAUGCUGCAAGGAAUGCGGAUGUUUCAUGAGCAGGAUACUGAGGCAAAGAAAGAGUUCUAUAGCCGCGAUAUGUCGAGACAAGUUCUGUAUUUAAGCAAUUAUGACCUCUAUAAAUCACAGGCUGCCAAUUGGAGGGACAGUUUGGCUGUUAAUAUUUCAAAUUCUGGCCAUCUUGAUCCGGAAGAAUUACCUGAAAUAUGCAGGGAUGUAAUGUUGGACUACACUGAUCAUGUACUGAACCUUGGUGACACUCUAUUGGAAUUACUAUCUGUGGCUCUUGGACUCAGACCAGAUCGUCUGAAAGAAAUGGAAUGUAGCAAAGGAUGGAACUUAGUAAACCACUACUACCCUGCUUGCCCUGUACCAGAACUGACACUAGGGACGAGCAAACACUCUGAUCCCUCAUUCCUCACUAUAGUUUUACAAGACCAAAUUGGUGGUCUCCAAGUUCUCCAUGAAAAUCAGUGGGUGGACGUUGAGCCUAUUCCCGGUUCUUUUGUCGUAAAUAUUGGAGAUAUUCUUCAGAUGAUAUCCAAUGAUAAGCUUAAGAGUGUUUAUCACAGAGUAACUGCUAACCAUGUUGGACCAAGAAUUUCAGUACCAUUUUUUCUCAAAGGACUUUUGUCAUCUCCAAAGUUGUACAGACCAAUUGAAGAGCUGCUGUCUGAUGAAAGUCCAUCGGUUUAUCGAGAGUUCACCCUUGGUGAAUUUCAUACAUAUUUCUACUCUCUGCCGCUGGGUCAGCAGGAAUUUGAAUACUUCAAGCUACAAAAACAUGGAGUUGGAGAGUAGAUUGCCUACAAUUUCAUUUCCUCUGUACUCUAAAUGACAUUCUUGAUGAAGUCUUGUUUGUUUUUCAAUUAUCAAAUUCUGGCCGGUGUAGUUUGAAACAAUUUCGCAAAACAUUACACCCUUUUCCUGUAUCUGCAGGCGGUAGCGUUUUUCGUUUUAUUAUAUGAUUUGAGUUCACGGUUCUGUUGUC